AUGCGCAGUCUAAUUCCCACUUUGGCGUUGGUGUUUAGCUCCGUCUCCGUCUCUGCAUCUCGCUCUACCUCGAACCACCCUGAUAUUGAGAGCGCAAACAAGAACGCGUUCGCCAUCUUCAACUCGAUCCACUCCGCGAUGCGACAGUGGGGCUCGUCUGUUCACCACAAUGGCCUGUCGUUCUAUCUCGCCACAGCGCCCGAGGGCAGCGUCUUCUAUCAUGGAGGCUUCAGUCCAGACCGCCCCGAAAGCUUCGAGUGGUUGGCCUUUGAAGUGGAACAUGCUGCGCAAUUUGCCGCCUCAUGGGAGUUCACAGAAGACUUGGACCUCCUCACCAGAGCCGAGUUGACGCACGAUGAAUAUGUCUUGAAGACUCUUCUCAGGCAUCGGAGCUCCCAUGCCAAGCCACCGUCUGAUACUCCUCACAGUCCGUCCUUUCACGACAGCCUAUUCUCGCAAAGUCCCAUGGCCACUAUGAAGGAGACGGACGACGACGAUGACGACAAGGACCCGCCACCCAACCAGCCGCCCUUCGAUAGGCUGAUCCGCGGAUAUUUCCAUCUCUACCGUGCGAAUCGGCCCCUGAAUCUGCUCUACAUCGAUGGCCAAGCUGCCGCGAAGUGCCCGCUUGGCUCCCUCGAUAGCCAGGACUUGAUCCUGCUCGGACGCGACAAGGCGGACACUGUCCCACCAACUUUCGGGGAGUGGCCGCGAGCCGAGCAACCGUGUGCUCUUGCGGAGGAGUGGAAGCAUCCGACUGGCGCCAAGAUCGAUGGCUUUAUACGCAUGGAGGCUGGGUUUGAGAUCAUCUACUGCGACUUCUCCGAAAAAGGUGGGCUAGAUCUGGUAUCGGUGCAAGCGAGCUCUUUUAGCAACGAGACUGGGCUGCUGCCACAUCAAGCCGCCUCGCUCUUCGAGUGGCUCCGCGCCUCUGCCGCUCGUUUUCACGGGCACCCGGCCGGGCGGUUGGACAUUGACUGGAGCAGCAUGGUGUCGGCAUUUUCCUACCCGAUGAACGUGUCUAAUCCGGACUGGCAUAGGCAGGAUCUACCCAGGGUAGUGAACGCCACGGCCGAAAGCAGGUCGACAGUUCGCGACAGGUUGAGGGAUGUAUUUUCCGCACGCGGUGGUCAAGAAGUGACGAAGCGGACGGUCGUGAACUGGCAAGGUGUAGUUGACAGCAUCGUGACACGCUUCGCCGAAAGGCUGGGGUAUAUCGCGAACAACCAGUGGUCACACGAUGCUUUGCUCCUCGCCAUCGGCACAAUGGUCGAUCCAUACAUCAACUAUAUCGACCAUAGCACCAACUCAGAGCACUUCGCUAUCGAUCGUUGCACACAGCACUAUCUCGAUCCGUCCCGUCUUCGCCCCGAGACAUGGACUCCAGAAGACCACGCCAUUGCGGCCGCGGUGAAGAGGGUAUCCCACAAUAUCUGCGACACGCUGUUUUUCCUGCGGAGUGUCCUGCGUGCAAAUCCUAGGAUGACGCCCAGCUCUGGCGAUGUUGUGAAGGCGGUGCAGGGGAAGAUCGUGCAGCUUACCGAACGUCUCAGGUGGAGCACCUGGAGGGAGUGUGAGAGGUGCCCGUCUCCGGAUGAGAUCUGCAGUAUUCCCAUGUUCCCGACUGGCGCCUCCGAGGAUGACUACUUCCACCCGAGCUGCAAGAACAUCACUGGACUUCUGCAGGGCUUUGGGUACUGGCAGAUCGACGUACAUACCCUGUACUCGAGUGGAGCUAGGAGAUGUUGA